ACACAAUAGCAGCCCAACUAUAAAAGCUAUGUAUUUUGGUAAAUUUACAUCCUAUUUUAACGGCUAUUUUUUUACAUAGUAUAUUUUGGGAAACUAACGGUAAGUUUCCCUAUAUUUUCUAACCCUAAAGCUAAUACACGGCAGCCACUAUCUCUAUUCAAAAAUUCAAUUUUUUUUUCAAACUUCUCUUCUUCUUGCUACAGCUGAAACAAUGGUGAUGAUGUUUUCUAGGGUUUCAAAAUUUAGGGUAGGGUUCUAAGAUUUUUCUGGCUCUUCUCUACUUGUUUUACCCGAAACACUAACCCCAGAAAAAUAAGUCUUGGUCAAAACACACUAAACCCGGAAAGAAACCAACCCAGAAAACUUGACCUAGGGGGUGAAAUCAAUAUACCAGUGUUUAAGGGCUGGUUGGGUAAUUUGGUCUCUCCUAUAAAACCCAAAAUCCAAGCCCCAAAACUCGGUUGUGAAAAACUCGGGACAGUCUGCCUCCGUUGAAAUCUGCUAGGGUUUUCUCAAUUCUUCGCCCCUCCAUAUCAUCAGGAAAGAAAGUGAAGAUGGGACGUGGAAAAUUACCACUGGAAUUGAUACCAAAAGUCAAAGCAAGAAGAAUGACAUUUUUGAAGAGAAGAAGUUGUCUAAUCAAGAAAGCUUAUGAAUUAAGCACACUUUGCAAUGUUAAAGUUUGCUUAAUAGUCUAUGAUUCUAUGAACCAAUCCUCAGAUCCUAUAGCCACGUGGCCUGAGAAUCCUCAUGAGAUUAGGUCUCUCAUCAAUGAUUACAAAACUGCUAUGGCUCAAAAGCCAGACUCAAAAAGACUCCAUACCAUAGCAGAUUUCAUAAAGGAAAAAAUCAAGAAAGUCAACACAGAGAUAGAGAAAUUAGAUCAAACUUCCACUACUAAUACUCCUUCAACAUCAACAACAAGUUUCAGUAAUAAUCAACUUGUUGAAUUUGUUUCUGAUCUGGAUAACAAAAUUGAACAAGUGAAUGAGAGAAUGAGGCAUUUGAUUCAUCUCAACCAUUAUAACAAUUUUGGUAUGCAAGAUCCAUUCAUGAGUAGUUGUAGUGUUCAAUAUUGUUCUCCUAAUGAUCAUCAGCUUCCUUAUUACAACGAUAACGAGCCUCAAAUUCUACUACAACAACAGCAUCAAAUGCCUUGGAUUUAUGAUCAGUCUAGCUCUUCUUCUUCUUCAAAGGCUCCUCUAUUUACCUUCAAUCCAAGCUUGUCGUUUGACAUGAGUUAUCAUUACAACAACUGUGACCCUUUUGAUUAUGCAAUUGAUGAGUACUAUAAUGGUAAUAAUCUUCUUCUAGAAGAUCAAGCUAAUCAACAUAACAACAACAUUGUGUUGGAAUCUGAAAGAGGAGUAGGAGCAGGGCUGCACCAAAAUGAUCAGAAUGGAAUGAUGUUGUCUCACAAUCCUCUUAUGCCUAUGCAACACCAAAAUUACAAUGUGAGCCAAACACUACUGCCAUUGAUGCCUAGCUCGACGGUUGACACUGAAUGGCAUUACAAUCAGGCUAUUCCAUUAUGGGAUUUGUCCCCACAUUGUGAUUCAUUAGAGAAUUUAAUCAUGUUUGAUUAGCUUUGAUUUUUUUUUUUUUUAAUUUUUGUUUAUCUGUCUCUAUGAUGUAAUAAGUAAUGAUAUUUUGUUAUUAUGGUACUGAUUUUUUUUUUAUUUCACAUAC